UGUUGUCAAAUUACGUGUGUUACAAAAUAGGUAUUGUAUAUAAGUGGCAGUAAAGAAAAGGUUUCCCUAUUUGCUUAAGUACAUGCCAAACUUUUUUUACUUUAAGUACUUUCAACACUUUGCAUUUCCAUCUGCCUUAUAAAAAUUUCCAAAGGGGGGCGCUAUUUCGCUAGAAUCGCCUCCUCAUUAAUCAAGGAAUUAAAGCCGAUGAUUCAUCUUUGCCAUGAAUUGAUGUAAUAGCAUAAAAUAAUCAAACAGACUCAAUCAAUCAUUAAUUCGAUGGAUCAUGGGGUCUGACGAGGGAGCGGAAUGGCGAAGGGUGUGUGGGGAGCAUCAGGAGAGGGAGGACUGAGCAGGCAAGAUGAACAGAAGAAGGACACGGAGGUGGAGGAGGGCAAGUGUCUCACUCACAUCAGUCACUCAGAAGGAUUUAUGGCAAUUCAUCUGCGCAGACCGACAUUUUUAAUUAAUUUCUAUAUAUUUUUUCCAAAUCAUUGGUGACUUUUACAACCAGUGGGAGGAGGAGAUUGGAGAAGUUUGAUGGGAUUCAUCCCUUUAGAUUCAACAGAAGUCCAUCUGGUCGGCUGCUGGAGGAGUGAGAAGUUAGACGCAAAAAAAAAAAAAUCCCCCGUGCACUUUUGUGAAGAUGUUUUGAGCAGAAUAGAAGAAUGCCGAUCAAGCGAUGAUGGAUCUCAGUCCCAACGCGACACUGGCACCGGAAUCGUUCCUGUUUGAGAUGAGCAAAGGUCUGACAGUUGAUGUUUUGCUAGUUUUAUAAGAGCAUUGGAGAACGUGGGACUCAACCCUCUGACAGAAGAUGAAGUUUGGAAGUAGUUUCUGCACCCUGAACGUUGGCGGUCGCAGAUUUCCCUUCUCGGUGGAGCUGAUGAAGCACCUCCCACUGAGUAGACUCAGCCGCCUGUAUCGCUGCGUGUCAGAGAGCGAGCUGUUAGAGCUGUGCGAUGAUUACGACCGUGACAGGAACGAGUUUUUUUUCGACCGCCACUCCGAGGCCUUCAGCUUCAUCAUGCUGUACUUGCAGCACGGCAAGCUGCGCUUUGUCCCCCACAUGUGCGAACUCUCCUUCUAUAACGAGAUGCUCUACUGGGGCCUCGAGAGCGCCGACCUGCAACUGUGCUGCCAGCGGCGGCUGGAUGAGCGUCUGUCCGACUGCUUUGUCCACUUUUUCCCCGAAGAGGAGCCGCAAGAGCCGGAGGAAGCGCCAGAUCAUUGGCUGGAGAGGAUGAGGAGGACCUUUGAGGAGCCCACGUCCUCAGUGGCGGCGCAAAUCCUGGCCUCUGUGUCUGUACUGUUUGUUCUCAUUUCGAUGGUGAUGCUGUGUGCCAGCACCUUACCAGAGUGGAAGGCUGCUGAGACACUGGAUGAACACAGGAUCAUCGAGGCGGUGUGCAUUGGUUGGUUCACCGCCGAGUGCAUCGUCCGUUUCAUCGUGUCUCGGGACAAAUGCGAGUUUGUGCGCCGUCCUCUGAACAUCAUCGACCUGCUGGCCAUCACCCCGUAUUACAUCUCCGUGACGGCCACGGUGCUGACGGGAGAGAACUCUCAGCUUCAGCGCGCCGGCGUGACGUUGCGGGUGCUGCGCAUCAUGAGAAUCUUCUGGGUGAUCAAGCUGGCUCGUCACUUCUUGGGCCUGCAAACCCUCGGCCUGACGCUGAGACGAUGUUACCGUGAAAUGGUCAUGCUGCUGGUGUUCAUCUUUGUCGCCAUGGCCAUCUUCAGCGCGCUGGCGCAGCUUUUAGAAGGAGGGAACCAAGACUAUACUAGCAUCCCUGCUGCCAGCUGGUGGGUCAUCAUCUCCAUGACGACGGUGGGCUACGGUGACAUGUACCCAGUGACCGUGGCGGGCCGCGUACUGGGCGGCAUCUGCGUGGUGAGUGGGAUCGUGCUCCUGGCGCUGCCGAUCACCUUCAUCUACCACAGUUUUGUGCAGUGCUACCACGAGCUGAAGGUGCGUUCGGUGCGCUGCAUCCGUAGCUCGUCGACUGAUUUCAUCGACUGAAAGACACUCCAUAGCAACACGCUACGGCGGGAAAGAAACACUCUCCAAAGGACUGCGAGCAACAGGUGAUUGUAGAUGCCGUAGACGAGUAUUCCACCUCGUUGAUUCUCCUUUCCGGAAUCUUCUCUCAGAUUGUGAAGCUAUGCACGCCAAUGCAGAGUACUCAAAGUAUGCUAUCGCAGGAGCAAGCAGUUGCAUCGUUUCUUGUUUUGCUUUUCAAGUGACUUUGGAGUCACUUUGAAAGUAAAAUUCAACACACUAGUGAGGCACUAGGAGAAAAAAUAUGUUUUACCAGAUAUGUUUUUCCUCUCCCAUGUGGCAUUUCUGCACACCAGUCGGACAAUGUUGGCGUUUAGAACAACUACAAGUUAGUCGUGAGACAAUAUUCUGCACUAGUUGACAUCUGCACGCUACUAGUUCUACAAGCGAAGUAUUGGAUUAGUCGAAUUUUAUCAUGUCACUAAUAGUCGCCUAGUAAUUAACUACGAAACCGUUUUGCCUCAGUAGUAACGUUUAGCUUUCCUACGAGUUUGCUGAAGUUGACCUACUAGUGAGAACAGCGAGCGUAUUAGUGCAAACACCUUCCGAUGGAUAUGAAGGCGAUUUACAUCACUGCUCAAAGAGCUUUGUGGGAAAAGCGUCGGCAUUUAUUCAGCAACAAGGAUAUGAAAGAAGUUGGGGCACCUUCCCAAUUCACAUUCACAAUGCAGCACACUGCUGUUGUAUAACAAAUGGCAAAUCUGCCAUGGUGCAGUCUUUCAACUGCCUCGCUUCGCUCUGCACAAAUUCAAAAAAGAAAAAAAAAACCUGGCACUUGGCUACAGCAGAGCGGAAGAACAUCAGACUGCUGCUCUCUCAGGUACCAAACGAUGCGAACCUCCCUCUGCUCCUCUCUGGAUGUGAUUGCCACUCGUUUCAUCAUCUGUCGGUGAAAUCUGCAGUGCCAUAACCCUUUAACGAGACUGUCAAAUAAGGUAUUACACCUGGUCCUACAUUUUCUGUCUGCUCUUUGCAUUCACGGUCAUACUUUUUUUACACUCUCAAGUCAACACGGAGAAAACGGCCAUCAUGUGUCACGUUGUACAGAACACACAAACACUCUUCAUUUUUUUGAUCACAAGUGACAAAGCCGGCCAGCUGGACGCUCGCUAAGUAGCGGCUAACACAACAAAGCAACCUAGUCCACAUCUUCACUCACUGCAUCUUAUACCUUGUGUUAGUAUGUCUGCCACACAAACUGUCUGCCACAUAAACAGCAACAAUAUUUGGUGGCAGACUAAAGCACCGUUAUAGGAACGACUUCAUUUCAGGUCGUUUCUCUGUAGUUCGCACCGAGUCUGCGGUGAUUCAACCGGGAACUCUCUGGAGCAGACGGUCUGCAACUGAAUAUGUUGGACAGUUUGGACAGUAUCGACAGUUUCCAUGGAGACGGCAGACUCGGAGAGGGGAAAAUGAAGUGGCGGAAAUGUCAGGCUCCUCGAGCUGUUGGAGUGUGAAUGUCGAUUAUCUCACUCUUACUGCUCGUCAAAAAAAAUAAUAAAAGUGCUGCUGGGCUUAAAUCAAA